CCGUAACUCGACCGAGAUAUUCAAAGUCAUGGUUUUGUAUUGCUGCUUUGAUCAGCCAAUAGAAAGAAUUCACUUUACUUGGUCAGCAAAUUAAUUGGAAAAAUAUCCUGUUUAUAAUAAAAAUUACAUAAAAGGGUAGAAUUAAACAGAAACAAAAAAAUAAAAAUAAAAAAUAAAAAACUUUGGUAAACCUUUAAGAAUAUGAACAGUUUUUUCCUUGCACGUGUCCACAAGCCCAGAAGGACCAAAUCAUCAAGGCUACUAGAAGCACCCGAUGGAUACGGUCUAGGCUGAUUUGCAGGAAAAAGAGAAAACCACCCCCAUGGACUCCUUCCUAAUGUGACAAUGUCCCAAAACACUAGUUUUCUUAAUGCAAAUUUUCAUUCUGAAAAUUAAAUUAAAUUAUUUUAAAAAAAGAAAAAAGGAAAAAAGAGAAACAAAAGAAACGAAAGAACAAAGGAAAAUGUCAUUCUUCUUCCUUUUCUUCAUCUCCUUUCUGUACGAGUCCUUCUUCUCCUCCUACCGCUUUCAUGAAGCGGGCACGCCACGGCCGUGACACCAGCAUCAUCGUCCUUAAAAACACCAGCACCCCCAACAUGCCUCCUCAGAUACCAUACCAGGUAUUUUCUGUCUAGAAGAUUAAGGUUGUGGUGGUUUUAGAGAGAGAACUGUGAUUCAUGUGAAAGGCUGUUUUUUGUUAGUGGCAGACUUGUAUAUACCUGGAGUUGAAAGGUUGUUUAUUGUCUUGUACCUGUUGGCCACCUAACAGGGACUUGUUAUUUGGAGGUGGCAAUAGAGAGUCGCUCUGUCAAAAAAAAAAAACAAACAAAAAAAACAAUUCAGAUUCUUUUAGUGAUUCAUAGUUUUGAGGUAAGUCCCUUUUGAUUGGUUUUCUUUAUCUAUUUUGAUAGCUUGCCUCAUUUGUCCUCUUCAUAUCCCUUUUCCCUUUUCUCCUUCAUCUUCCUGAUCUUAUUGGAUUGAUUGGCUUUUCCUCUUUUUGACCACUUACCAUGCAUAUCCCAUCUCCCUUUCUUUCCCCAUUCCAAAUCCCAUAUCAAUCUUAAAUAAAUUUCCCAUUUCCUUCAACUUUCCCUAUAUAUUCCACUGAUCAUGCUAGAGACAUAAUUCGAAUUCAAACAGUGGUUUACCAUAUAUAUAUAUAUAUAUAUAUUUUCCAUGCCUCUCUCUUCUGCCUUGUUACUAAUUCGGUGAACCGGUGAUCGGAGACAUUCUAGUCCGGCUGAGAGAGCCUGCUCAUGAUUGAUUGAAGAUCAAAUGGAGAAACCAGUUGCCGGAAAGUGCCACAAAGAAGUCUGGUUUGGCAUACUAGUCUCCUUUGUUUUGUGCUUUACCAUUCUUUGCUUUGAUUAUUCAACUUCAAUGUUGGGCGUCUACAAUGGGGUCAAUCUCUUAGUCAGACGUGUUCAUCCAUACAUCACCAGAGAUUCGUGUUACGGACGUUACAUUUAUGUUCAUGAUGAUCUUCCUGCCAAAUUCAACGAUGAUCUCCUCAAAAACUGCCAGAAUCUUACUACAGGGAGCAAGCCUAAGAAUAGUGACACACAAAAUAUGUGUCGUUACAUCGUGAAUUUGGGGCUUGGUCCUGAGAUUGAGGAACCAGAAGGGGUUUUAGCCAACGAGAGUUGGUUCAUCACAAAUCCUUACUUGUUGGAAGUCAUAUUCCACAACAAGAUGAAGCAGUACAAGUGUUUGACAAACAACUCCAAUCAGGCUUCAGCCAUUUAUGUACCAUCCUAUGUUGGCCUUGAUGCCAGCCUCCAUCUGUGGGAUUUUAACCUCACGGUCAGAGACUAUUCAGGGAAAGAUCUCGUGGGAUGGCUUUCGGGCAAGCCCGAAUGGAAGAAAAUGUGGGGGAGAGAUCAUUUCAUGGUUGCUGGGAGGACUUCUUGGGACUUCAGGAGGCAAAAGGAGAAUAGUUCUGAUUGGGGUACUAAUCUCAGGGUUUUGCCAGAGUCCAUGAACAUGAGUAUGUUAUCUGUUGAAGGAAGCCUUUGGAAAAAUGACUUCGCCAUACCAUACCCUACAAAUUUCCAUCCUGCAAAUGACAGUGAUGUGGUUCAAUGGCAGAACAGAGUCAGAAGCCAAAAGAGGCCUUUCCUGUUCACUUUUGUUGGUGCGCCGAGGCCUGACAUGAAAGAUUCAAUCCGGGGCAAGCUUAUUGAUCAGUGCCAAGCUUCAAGCAACUGCAAGUUCUUACAUUGUGGUUCUUCUGGGAUUAAUUGUAACAACCCGGUUACUGUUAUGAGGGUGUUUGAGAGCUCUGUUUUUUGCUUGCAGCCUCCAGGGGAUUCACACACUAGAAGAUCAACUUUCGACUCGUUUCUGGCAGGCUGCAUUCCGGUUUUCUUUCAUCCUGCGACUGCGUAUACGCAGUAUUUGUGGCAUUUACCGGAGAAUCAUACCAAGUAUUCGGUCUUUAUUCCGGUGAAAGAAGUUGAAGAUUUGAAAGAAGGCAUCAUUGAGAAAACUUUGCUUGGAAUUUCAAAGCAUGAGGAAUUGGCCAUGAGAGAGGAGGUUAUAAGGCUAAUACCAAAUCUGGUAUAUGCAGAUCCCAGGUCAAGAUUAGAGACCGAAGACGCAUUCGAUUUAGCUGUACAGGGAAUUCUUGGGAGGAUAGAGAAUGUUAGGGAGGUUAUUAGAGAGAGGAAGGAUCCUAGUAUUGGUUUUGGAGAUGAGGAUAAUUUUAAGUUUACAUUUCCUGAGACACCAGAAUAAACUUGGUAGAUUGUGUUUAGAGAACAAAAAGAGAUAGAAGAAUAUUGCAGGAUAUUGAAAUUCAUCAAACUAUAAUUAUUUCCGUUUGGUUGUAGAAAUAUUAUAUGAGACAAUGCCAGUUUUCACCUCUGUGUUUCUUACACUAGCAACUAAAGAAUUCAUAUUUAGUCAUUUUUUUCA